AUGGAUCUGCAAUAUUUUCAUAGAAUCUGGAUUAUUCAUAUAUUGAAUUUCAUGUACUUUUAUAAUGUGGAUUGUGCAGGUAAUCAUACUGGAAAUGUUCCAUACAAUAUAAUGUCGACUACGACAACGGCACAUGAAUCCGUAUUGGGUGGUCCACCCACAAAUACAGGUUUAAUUGUGGGUGGUGUUAUGAUAUAUAUCUUAUAUUAUUUCAGGUUUAAUUGUGGGUUGUGUUAUGGUUUAAUUGUGGGUGGUGUUAUGAUAGCUCUUAUUAUUUUCCUAUUAGUAGUGGUCAUUAUCAUUAAAAGUCGUAAAAAUAAAUGGAAAAGGAAAGCAUCAAAAACAGAACGGUAUAAAGCUCCAGAAUCAGAAGAAUUUGUGGAACCGAUUUCCAGAAAAUGUAGUGAAGAUUCCCGUAGACUUUCCGAUUUUGAUGAAAUUGAACCAGUUUGA